AUGUACAUUCCCAGCAUUCCCGCCCGGCAGCUGCUGGCUGCUCGAAGCGCCAGCAUGUCUGGCACCACCACCGCGGGCAUCGGGGUCGCUUUCGCUGUCGGCGGUUCGAUUUUGGCUUUCGUAUUCAUCUUCGUCAUGGUUCGGCGGCUGCGCAUUCGAGAAGCUGAGCCCAGGCUGCUGCCGGGGAGGUACAUGAAGAACCUGUGGUGGAAAUGGACACCACGGUCGCGAGGAGGAUUCAACCGCAGCAGGCAAAUGACAACAACCCUCACCGCAGACCUCUCCUCAAGCGCAGGCCCUGUCUCGAACAAUGACACCACAACCUCCAAUCCACCCCAGCGUGGCCAAUCAAUCCGCUCCAUAAUCACAUUGCCGUCUUAUAGCCGCCUACCCAAAGAAGAAGAACAAGUCAUCGCCCGCGAAGGCGAGCGCGAAGGAAUGGACAUGGUGGUUGAAUUCCCGGAAACAAACGAUGAAGAAGAAAACCGUCGUGAAGAAGAGAUGGAAUCUCUGUAUCAAAUCCGCUUGCGACGCCGCGAGGAACUCGCUGAUCGAGACGAGAGGCGUCGAUUGAGGCGAGAAGCGCGUGCGGCGGGUGAUACGGAGCGUUUACAGCAGUUGAGUAGGGAUAGUCUUGCAGUCAGAGCGGCGAAUGCGGACAGGCCCAGUGCGAGUGCGAUGUUGGCGGAGCAUCAGAACCGAGGUCGACAUCGGAGGAUUUCGUCGGUUACUUAUGCGGAGAUUGGGCAUGUAAGGCACGACGGGUCACGGAUUCGUGCCAAUUCGAAUGAUUCGGAUCAGCGGCCGUUGCUUGAUACGGCACGUCAGUCGACACAGUCGAUUUUUACCAUGCAAAGUCAGGCCCGGUCCUCUGUGUCGGGGAUUAGUACAUUGACUGCCAGUAUACAUUCCGGAGACGACGACACUCCACCAAGUGAGGUGGCGAUCGAGGACGGAGAUCUAAGUAACGCACAUAUUCCACCGCCAAGCUACGACUAUGAUGACUGGGGCGAUGCUCCGGCGUAUGAGAGUCCUAUUGCAAGGACUCGGGGAGAAGCAGAGCAUUCCUUGCUGUCGCAGACGCUCCCUCAGAUUCGCAUUGACACUGCCAGUCCUGCGAAUAGCACGCUUGUUUCCCCGGCCGUUGUAGCUCCUGCCGCUCACCAACAUGUUUGA